CUCUCCGACUGUCCCCAGGCUUACCUGACACAACUGCACCAGUGUUACCUCCUCCUCCUCCUCCUCCUCCUCACAAACUGUUAGUCACCUGGUGAGGGCGGACACAAGACAAGGCGAGGGACAGACAGACAGCAUGUGCAGUGGUAGCAGUAAUAGCAGCAGCAGUCUCCCCUCACAUUUAGUUCUGCUUUUCUGACUUGCCUGCUAGAGAGAGAAAGAGAGAGAGAGACAGAGAGAGAGAGAGAGAGAGAGAGAGAGAGAGAGAGAGAGAGAGAGAGCGGUGAAAGAAAACAAUUUGGAGCCAUUGUCCCCUUGGAGAAAAGGGAGAGACGGGGGAAACGAGGGAGCACUGUUAAACGAGAGGAGAAGGAAAAGUCAGGAUGAUUUUGGGAGGUAUUCACCGUGCAGGGGUGGUGCCUGCGUUCCUGCGGACCCCCACUAUGAUCCAGCCACACCUGGAUAUGAAGCCCUUCCUCCAGUUCCCCAUGGACACAGCUCCACCACAACACAGCAUGGGCCUGUUUCACAACUUCAACACUAUGGACCCAGUGCAGAAGGCGGUGAUCAACCAUACCUUUGGCGUUCAGCUGGUGAAGACCAAGAGGCCCAUCAUCUCCUGUAACGUCUGCCAGAUACGCUUCAACUCUGAGAGCCAGGCAGAAGCCCACUACAAAGGCAACCGCCACGCCCGGAGAGUCAAAGGCAUCGAGACCGCCAAGAGUCGCCCCCAGGAGGGUGACAAGUUGGGCACACCUGUCCCCACCACCUCCUCCCCAUCCCCCCCUGGUGAACUCCCUACAUCCACCCCUGACAUCAGCGACCCCUGUAACCCAGGUACCAAACACAAAACUAUCCUGGAGGCUCACAGUGGGCUGGGUCCCAUCAAGGCUUACCCUCGGCUGGGCCCCAAACCCCUGGGGGAGCUGGGAGGGGGACCACUGGACCCCAACACUCAGGAACGCACUUUCCACUGUGAGAUCUGCAACGUGCGAGUCAACUCUGAACUGCAACUCAAACAGCACAUAUCUAGUCGAAGGCACCGGGACGGAGUGGCAGGGAAACCCAACCCUCUUCUCAGCCGACACAAGAAGCACAGGGGAGCUGACCUCACGUCCUCUCUGACCUUCUCUAAGGAUCUCUCCAAAUGUUUGGGGGCGGGGCUCUUGCCCAGUCCCCUGGCUGUUGCCGCGGCGAUGGCCGCAGCCGCUUCCUCGCACCACCAAUUGGCUCAGCUUCGCGCCGCAGCAGCAUCUUCAGCACAGCACCACCCGCAUCACCACCACCAUCACCUAUUACAGGGCCCGCCUCUCAGCCAUGCCAUCCUAAGACCCGCCCCCGGGCCCAUGCGCACCUCCCACGUGCCAAUCCUCUUCUCUCCUUACUGACUCCACCUCCUCCACCUUGGCCAGUCAGGAGCAGCCACGACAAAAGCACACUGUGAAGAAAUAAUCUAUAUAAACAACAAACAAAAAUGUAUAGGGUAAACAAACAAAUCAUCGGUAAACAAAUAAAAAGUUAAAACAUCUAGAUGAGAAGACAAGAAAGGGAAGAGAGCACCUGAAAGAAGGAUAUGAUGAAGUGAUGUCCCUCGUUUUCCUUUUUCCCGGACCUAAAACUCUCCUUCCAUCUCAGAGACUUGUGACUGUGAGUGGUAGAGAGAGAGAGAGAGAGAGAGAGAGAGAGAGAGAGA